AUGGAAAUCGCUCGUUCAAAGACCGCUGAUGCAGAAACUGCCCAUCCCGAGAUCGCCCAUCCUGAGACCACUCACACACAGAUCGGCAGUGGAGACACCGGAACUGACAACACAGUCGUCAAGAGAUCCAAGGCGCCUGCCAAGAGACUUAGAGUGCGUAAACGACCUACGAGUGGCGUUCCCAAGGCGAAAAUCAGGGCCAAAACAUCGAAGCCCUUGGAGGCACGAAAGGCACUUCUGGACUCGGCAAUCAAAUUGGAGCUGGACGAUUCGGAGCUGAAGGUGGAGCCUGUAAAGAUGGAGCCAUGA